AUGGGCUCCCUGGGCAAGAGCGCCAAUAGGCGCGUCCCCGGCAAAUCCGUGAAGCGGAAGUCGGACAAGAAAGAUAAAACCGCCAAGCAGACGGUGGAAUCCGAGUAUGAGCCGGUGUCUUGGGACCUCGCGGAUGACAUUCUAUCGCAAGUGGCAGCCGACAAAGAGCAGCCAGCCGCUCCAGCGGUUGAAAAACCCAGCAAACCCAAAAAGAAACGCGCUCGUGUGGAAGCGACCAAAUUCGACCACUCCGCCGAGCUGGCCAAGGAAUCGAAGAUUCGGGAGUCGGAGCAGCGCAUCGCAGAGGAAGAGCUCGCGGAAACUCCUGACAGCGUACUCGGGUUUGAGAAGCGCGUAGUGGCAGGCGGCAACUCGGCUGCGCUCUGGAUGGAGUACAUGGCCUUCCACCUGAAGAACGGCAGCCUGGAGGGUGCACGCGAAGUGGUCCGACGAGGGCUGGAGCGCAUCGAUUUCCGAGCGCUGCAGGAGCGACAGACGCUAUGGGUCGCCUACCUCAACAUGGAGUGCCUGUUCGGCGACCGCGUCAAGGAGGUGUUCCAGGAGUCGCUCCGUUUCAACCACCCCAAGACAAUGCACCUCAAGCUGGUGAACAUUUUUGUCAAGAACAGGCGUUUCGAGGACGCGGUCGAAAUAUGCGAUUCGGCGCUCAAGAAGUUCGGAAAAUCGAAAAAGGUAUGGAAUACCUAUCUGCGGCUGCUGUACGAGCACGUGCGUGACUUCGAGGCGGCCAGGCAGGUCUACGAAAAGUGCCUGGUCCGUAUACCGAGCCACAAGAAGGUUUACAUGAUCACGUCGACCGCAUUGCUCGAGUUCAAGCAUGCGUCUGCCGACCGCGGGCAGAUGCUGUUUGAGAAUUUGUUGCUGGACAACCCGCGGCGCAUGGACGUCUGGAUGCAGUACAUCUGCGCGUACAUAAAGUUCCAGCUGGAGGGCUCGGGGAAGAAGCGCCCUGAGGCGCUCCGUGCGGUGCGCAACCUCUUCCUGCGGAUCAUCACGCUGGACCUGAAACCAAAGAAGAUGAAGGUCAUCUUCCAGAAGUGGCUGGAGUUCGAAUGCACCCACGGCGACGACAAGUCGAAGGCGCUGGUUCAGCAGAAGGCGCUGGAGUACGUGGAGCACGUGGAGGCGAAGCUGAAGCCACAGGUGUAA